GGCGGUGCCGCCCCGGGACAAUCCGCUGCCAUCGGCGGCUGCGGCGGUGCCAGCUCCCUGCCUACCGCAUCGGGACGCUGUCCGUCGCUCCUCAGCCGCCAGGCCGGCGACGCGGUGGGGAGGAGGGGCACAAGUUGUGUGGGGCCGGCAGCGGCGGGAGGACGGGCCCAGCGCGGCGGGGAUGGAGCCGUCGCCGGUCGUGUCUGUUCCGCAGCCCGCGGUUGUUGCCGCGCCGGCCCGCGGUGGCGUGGGGAGGGAGUGCUGGCCCGCAAGUGGAGGGCUCGAGGCCGGAGUUUCUCCUGGUCUGGCGGAUGGUGCUGUGCUGGGGGAGCGGUGUGCGCCUUGGAGCAAAGAAGGUGCCAUCUGUACCGGAAAGCCUGCUAAAAAAGCGGCAGGCUUAUGCGGCUAUGAAAGCCAAACGUCAGAAGAAGAUUCUGGCUAUAAAAAAGGCCCGUAAGGCGCAAAGGAAACUCAUCUAUGCAAGAGCCCAAGCUUACCACAAGGAGUACAGGCACAUGUAUAGGCAGGAGAUCCGUAUGGCCAGGAUGGCCCGAAAAGCUGGUAAUUACUACGUUCCAGCGGAACCAAAACUGGCGUUUGUGAUCAGGAUAAGAGGUACCAAUGGUGUCAGCCCUAAGGUCCGCAAGGUGUUGCAGCUUCUCCGCCUGCGUCAGAUUUUUAAUGGCACGUUUGUAAAACUCAACAAAGCUUCUAUCAACAUGCUGCGGAUUGUUGAACCCUACAUUGCAUGGGGUUAUCCCAAUCUGAAGUCUGUGCAUGAAUUGAUCUACAAGCGUGGUUAUGGCAAGAUCAACAAGCAGCGCAUCGCUCUUACUGAUAAUUCCCUGAUUCAGAAACGCCUUGGAAAGCUUGGGAUCAUCUGCAUGGAGGAUGUGAUCCAUGAAAUUUACACUGUUGGGAAGAACUUCAAAGUUGUGAACAACUUCCUUUGGCCUUUCAAGUUAUCCUCUCCUCGGGGCGGAAUGAAGAAGAAAACAAUCCACUUUGUGGAAGGUGGAGAUGCUGGUAACAGAGAAGAUCAGAUCAACAGACUCAUAAGGAGAAUGAACUAAUGAUUCAGAUGCCCAGCUGCAAUCUCUCAAACUCUGGUCUGUUAAUAAAAACAUCUUGCACAAAA